UAACUGUAUUCUGUUUUUUAAAUGUAGCGCUUGCUGCGUCCUGCUUCAUACUUUACAAUCACAUGGAAAGCUGCAUAAACUCGCUCGCUGCAAUGUGUGACAGAUGUGGAUUCUGAUGGGCGUUGUUGUAUCAAAUGCUGAUAUUCGUUUGAAUAUUCAGCAGAACCUCCCUCUGGCGUUAUUAUUAUUAUUAUUAUUAAAGCAUUGUCUGUUUCAGUGGUUAUAGAUGCCUGCAGAAAUGAAAGUGCUACUUCUGAAAGAGCCACGAGAGAGUGGAGAUGAAGCAGACCCUUAUAUGAAGGAAUUGGCCUCUUGUGGACACACGGCUGCUUUGAUUCCGGCUCUGUCCUUCAGAUCUGUGUCUCUAAAUGAGCUCUCCGAGCGGCUCUUUGAGCCCGAGAGGUUUGGAGGUCUGAUCUUCAGCAGUCCCAGAGCCGUGGAGGCCGUGAAGAGCUGCUUAGACUCUCAGAGACACAGACACAAAUGGGACGCAGUGAAAGACAAAUGGAAUGAAAAGUCAGUUUAUGUGGUUGGCAAAGCGACAGCAUCUUUAGUUGUAGAUUUGGGUCUGAAUCCGCUGGGAGAAGAUAGUGGAACCGCAGACGCUCUCGCUCUGCUCAUCCUACAGAGAGAAAAUCUAGAGAUUCUGCCACUUUUCUUUCCCUGCGGCUCCAUCAAACGUGAAGUCCUGCCCACCGCGCUCCGAAAGAACCAUAUUCCUCUGGAGACACUGACCGUCUAUCAGACAUCUAAACAUCCUGAUCUACAGAAGAACAUCACUGACUAUUUCACUCAGCAGGGCGUCCCGGCGAGCGUGGCGUUCUUCAGCCCAUCCGGAGUGAGGUUCUGUUUGGAUUUGGUGAAAAGACUCUCCGGAUCUCAGCUGGAGCAGAUAAAGUUUGCGUCGAUUGGACCGACCACGGCAGACGCGCUGCAGUCGCACGGACUGACGGUCAGCUGCUGCGCUGAGAAACCCACAGCCAAACACCUCGCCGCCGCCAUCACACACGCCCUACACACCUGACCUCUGACCCCUGACCGCCAGAGACGAGCAGAGGACAAUUUGGGAAGCUUUUGCAAUAGAUAUUACAUAUAAAUAAUGAGCUUUUAAAUAAAUUAUUGCAUUAAUAUCUCUCUUACAUACAGAUAUCUGUAUCUGUUUUGCGGCUGUAUAUGUUUAUGCAUCAGAAUCAUCAGUGAUUUACGCUCAGUUUUGUUUGUAGGAAUCUCCGAUCUGUGUUUUAUGUUGAAUAUGAGUAACUUUCAGUGUGACGUUAUCAAUGUGAAAUGGUGGCUUGAAUGUUAUUUCUGCUGUAAUAACUGAAGGACUUUUAUUUGCAUUAUUUGGAUGGAAGAUGAA